AUGGCGGGUGCCGUGCCUCUGACCACGCCGCCGGCACUUUCUGCGGCGUCAGCAGCGGGGGGGCUGUACGAGGCGCUGCGGGUGGGGCGCGCGGCGACGCAGGUGGAGAUCAGGGCAGCGUACCGCGCCAUGGCCAAGCGCCUGCACCCGGACUCCGCCUGCGCGGGCUCCGGGGCGGCGGGGUUCGUGGAGAUCCGGCGCGCGUACGAGACGCUGUCGGACCCGGCCGCUAGGGCGCGCUACGACUGCUCGCUCGGAGCGUGCCAGCGGCGGGGCAUCGGCGGCGUCGGGAAGAUGCGGGUGAGGAGGUGGGAGACAGACCAAUGCUGGUAG